UGUGUUGAGCUGCGCAUGCGCGAGUCAGCUGAUUUUUGUUUACAUACAAUACUUUCAGGAAACGUUAGGAGAUCUUGGUUUAUUAAUUUGUACCGAGAGCAGAGACCAUGGGAUGUGAUGGAGGAACAAUCCCUCGAAGAGACGAGUUGGUCAAGACUAAGAAAAAGCCAGAACAGAAAGACAAAGACUCAGAACGUCUCUACAGAUGGCGUCACUGUGCUGCUUCACAGACUCGCUUGAAGGCCCCCAUUGUGGCAUGUGAAAUGGGCCGUCUGUACAACAAAGAAGAGGUCCUGACCAGGCUCUUAGACAGGUCAACAGAUGCCAGCAUGUCACACAUUAAGGGCCUGAAGGACAUCAAGGAGUUGAAUCUGACUCCAAAUCCUGGCUUCAAGCAGGAAGGUGCAAAUAAGGGUGAUGCUUAUACAGACCACCAGGCUGCCGAGUACAUCUGCCCUGUCACUUCGCUCGAGAUGAAUGGCAAGUACCGCUUCUCCUUUAUUUGGAGCUGUGGCUGCGUUCUCUCUGAGAGGGCACUCAAGGAGGUCAAGUCUGAGGUUUGCCACAAGUGUGGCAAGCCAUACAGUGAUGAGGAUGUAGUACCACUCAACCCUUCAGAAGAAGAGCAAGAUGCGGUCAAAGCUUGCAUGCUGUCCCGCCGUGUGGCUGCCAAGGCUGCCAAGAAGGCAAAGAAAGAGGCCAAGAGGUCAGCAGAAGGCGAGGAGGAAGAGGCAGCAAACACCAGCAAAGGAAAGAAGGCUGCAAAGACCUCUGAAGAUGCAGGCGCAAGUACUUCGAAAUCUACUGUUCGGGUAAAUGGUUUGGCUUCAGCUGUCCUUAGAGACAAAGAUUUCGAGAAGGUGCGGUCCAAUGGCUUCAGUGUAGCAUCAGACCCAAAGGCUUCGGAAGUAUACAAAUCACUCUUCGACACUCACAAGACAGCCCAAAAGAAGCAAAGUGCACACUGGGUUACAUGCAAUCCUCAGUACUUUUAAGCUCUUAAGAGUAUUUAUUCAUGCAAUAUCAAGCAGUGUACAAAAUCUCUUUGUAUUUUUUCUAUGUAUAGGAAUUAAGUAUCAUUUGCUGUGGACAUUGCUUAGAUUUUCAAAGUAUUAUUGAAGGUAUUCUGGAGAUAGUUGAAGUUUGAAUAUAACAAUAUAUGACAAUUAUGUGUACAAGAUCUUUAUCAUACAAAACUUGUGUUAGUCAGCAAAUGUCUCCAAUAUUUUUUGGAGUCCGUGGAGAUACUUUGGUAUUUUUAUUAUUUCUUUAGGCACCCAUUUUUAUAUUUUGAUGCUUUGUGUUUGUGUUUAUUCUGUAUGUAAAAUGCUAUAAAGCUGUAUUACUGUAAUAAAUAUAUAUCCUUGCUUAAA